CGGGAGGCUAUGAGAGUGAUCCGGCAAAGACAGUGCGCCAUUAUGUGCUGCCGGGGAAACGCUUUGAAAUCCAGGGUGGAGUUGUGUUAAUUACCACUGAAGGACUGGAGGUUUCUUUUCUUUAAUGAGAAACUGGCUCGCAAGCAUGGCUGAUUCCUGCAAGAUGUUCUUCAGCAAUGAAACGCCCAUAUUAAAAACUGCUCUCUUCAGGAAGACAGCACUGUCUGCAGCCCUCAACAGGAGCUAAGACCACGAUGAACGGUGACUCAAGCGCCGGGGUGGUGACGGUCCCCCCGCCCACCACCGCCCCGCACAAGGAGCGCUACUUCGACCGCGUGGACGAGAGCAGCGCGGAGUACCAGCGCGAGCGGAACAUGGCGCCCGACCUGCGGCAGGACUUCAACAUGAUGGAGCAGAGGAAGAGGGUGUCCAUGAUCCUGCAGAGCCCGGCCUUCUGUGACGAGCUGGAGACUAUGAUCCAGGACCAGCUGAAGAAGGGAAAGACCCCCACCAGCCUGCUCGCCCUGCAGCAGAUCGCUGACUACAUGACCACCAGCAUCCCCACCAUGUUCCCAGCUACGCCACAGGGGGGCAUGGCUGCCCUCAACAUGAGCCUGGGCAUGGUGACCCCAGUGAAUGACCUGCGUGGGUCUGACUCCAUUGCCUAUGAGAAGGGAGAGAAGCUUCUGCGCUGCAAGCUGGCUGCAUUCUACCGCCUGACUGACCUCUUCAGCUGGUCUCAGCUCAUUUACAACCACCUGACUGUCAGACUGAACUCGGAGCAGGAGCGCUUCCUGAUCGUCCCCUUUGGUCUUCUGUACAGCGAGGUCUCUGCAUCCAGUCUGGUGAAGAUCAAUCUGCAAGGGGAGAUUGUGGACCGCGGGAGCACCAACCUGGGCGUGAACCAGGCCGGGUUCACCCUGCACUCAGCCAUUUAUGCUGCUCGGCCCGACGUCAAGUGCAUCGUGCACAUCCACACUCCGGCUGGGGCCGCGGUUUCAGCCAUGAAAUGUGGCCUGUUGCCCAUCUCCCCGGAGGCCCUCUCCCUCGGGGAGGUGGCGUACCACGACUACCACGGCAUCCUUGUGGACGAGGCCGAGAAAGUGCUGAUACAGAAGAACCUGGGACCCAAGAGCAAGGUUCUUAUUCUGAGAAAUCAUGGCCUCGUGUCUGUUGGGGAGACCGUGGAAGAAGCCUUUUACUACAUUCAUAAUCUGGUCACGGCUUGUGAGAUUCAGGUGCGCACUAUGGCCAGCGCUGGAGGCCCUGAUAACCUGGUCAUGCUGGACCCUGGGAAGUACAAAGCCCGGCCCCGCUGCGUCGAGCCCGCUGCCGAUGGCUCCAGCACCCAGCCCAAGUGGCAGGUCGGGGAGCAGGAGUUUGAGGCUCUCAUGAGGAUGCUGGAUAACCUGGGGUACAGAACAGGAUACCCCUACCGGUGCCCCGCUCUGCGCGACAAAGCUAAAAAGUACAGUGACGUCGAGAUCCCCCCGUCAGCCACGGGGUACUCGUACGCAGAGGACAGUGAGUCAGGCGCGCGCUCCCCUCUCAAGCACAGCUUUCAGAGGCAGCAGCGCGAGAAGACGCGGUGGCUCAACUCGGGCCGCCCCGACGAGGCCUAUGAAGAAGGCCCGGACGGCGGCAGCCCCAAGGCGAAGACUAAGGUGUGGACGAACAUUACACACGAUCACGUCAAACCCUUGCUGCAGUCUCUCUCGUCCGGUGUCUGCGUGCCAAGCUGUAUUACCAACUGCUUGUGGACAAAGGAGGAGGGGCUUCGACAGGCUGCUGUGGCCAAUCAGUUUGUCCCCCUGAACACAAACCCCAAAGAGGUCCAGGAGAUGAGAAACAAGAUCCGUGAGCAGAACCUCCAAGACAUCAAAACAGCAGGGCCUCAGUCCCAGGUACUCUGUGGACCUGUGGUAGACCGUUCCUAUGUGCAGGGGGAGCUGGUGACUGCAUCCAAAGCCAUUAUUGAGAAGGAGUACCAGCCCCGUGUCAUAGUGAGCAAGACUGGACCAAACCCCUUCAACAAGCUGACUGACCAGGAGCUGGAGGCGUACCGCAAGGAGGUGGAGCUCAAGCAGAAGGGGCCUGAAGUACAGGGGGAAGAGUCCUGCACCACACUGCUCUCUUGCCCCUCAGAAGCCCCCACACGUACCCUCAGUCAAGGAGAGGGAGAGGAGUGUCCUGUCUUUGAACCUCCCGCUGCCCCCUCCUUUUCCUCAAACUCCAGCCAGGACACGAGGGCGGAGUCGGGCCAGGGCAGCGCGGCCGCCAGGACACCCUCGGUGGGCGAAAGGGACUCGCCGGGGUCUCCCCAAAAGGAGUUUCACUUUGCUGUCCUUCGGGCACUAAGCACCAACAUGGAGCUCAUGAGCGAGGCUCCAGACCAGUUGCAGGACACUGCGGAAGAGGUGAAAGGGCAGAGCCCCACCCGCACCCCACCCAGCACCCCAAUCCGAGCAGAGGAAGAGUCUCAGCAGGAGCAAACCUACAAGGACGAGAGUGACGCCGCCACUUUAAGACAGACUCUACCCGACCUGACCCCAGAUGAACCCUCCGAAGCCCCCGUCUUCCCCCCCGACGACCCUGCCCCAGAGCAAACAGAGGAGCCACCCCAGCCUGAGGACCAAGAGCCCCCAGCUGCCCCCGAUGCCCCUGAGGACCCUGCAGCGGCAGCGGACCAGGGCAGCGAUGAGUCACCCAGCAAGUCUCCCUCCAAGAAGAAGAAGAAGUUCCGCACUCCCUCCUUUUUGAAGAAAAACAAGAAGAAGACAGAGUCCUAAACUUUUGUGUCUCUCAGGCAACAGGCCACACCUUCAAUUUGAUUAUUCCAUUUGUUUGGCUUAUCUAGUGUUCACCUCUAGUGUGUGCCAAUUAAAAUAAGGAUCAGAUUGCCUAAGAUUUUAACACAGUCGCUUCUAGUGGUGAAUGACUGCAUUAUGUCUGGUCAAGUGCAGUUCUGUGGCUUGUUACGCAUGUAUAUUUAGGUCCACACUCGAAGUGAGCAGUAGACUUAAUUCCAUUUUUUGUAUUACUAAACCCAAUUAACCAUAAAUAUGUAUUGGGAUGUAUCAAAACUGUCUUUUUUAAAAUGGGGAAUGCAAAAAAAUUACUAUGUCAUUUACGUGGUGAUAAUCCAUGAUUUUAAAAAUACGAACAAAAUGCACGGUGCUAAUUCUUCAAAUCCAAUAGCAUUGAACCUUUUUGUUCUGGAGCUACAGGUGAUUUUGGGGUCCAAAGAAGGCGAUCCUUCUCUGUAUUAAUAUAUAGGAUAUCAUGGCCUGAUGCCACAAUGGUAAAAGCAUUAUACUCCAUAUUAAUAUACUCCCAACAUAUUACUUCAGAGAUAAGUAGACUGCAAUUGCUGAUUUUUCUGGAUAUUUUCAGGAUUGGAAGAGCACUGAGUUAUAAACCACAUGGCUCCUUAAAAAAAAACAGAACAUUUUAUCAUGAAGGAAAUUGUUUCUAUGGCUUUAGUUACUAUGACACCUAGAGCAUGGCAGCAAUGUUUUACCCUACACUCCCAUUUCCCAAAUAUUAAUUUUUAAUUUUCUUAUCUCUCAGAAACAUGUGGCUUUCUAUUUGCCAUCAUAUGAGAGAAGUACCUGUGGGAAUUCAAAAUGGCUGUCGGAAUCUCCAUUUUGUUUCUUUAGAUAGGUUCAUAAUCCGUUUGGCUUUUUUGGAGAUAUUCUUGUGCUGCCUUUAUUGCGUCCUGAGCCAUCAUCUCUCACAAUUGAAAAUUUGUUCAAAAUAUGCUGUAAGCAUUAGAAAAACGGUGGUACAAAGGCAGUGGUCUACAUUCACUGUGUCUCCAAACCGAUGGUUUCUGAAUGCAAUAAACUGGUUGGUUCAUCUUUUGAAGAGCAUGUACUGCGCAAAGCAUUGGUAGCCAAUAUUAGAUUUCAGUGAAGAAUAACGUGGUGCCUUCCUGUGUCUGCACGUCCAGCUCAUGUUAGUUUAUCAGUUCUGGGGCUUUCACCAUCUUGUUUGGCUAUGUAUAUGAUGCCAGAGCAAGCCUUGGCUGAGUACACCUCAAAUAUGCACUAGCUGUCAUAGUUUAGCCCAUCCCUUUUUCUGGCGUUUCAGUGAUAAAUUAACUGGCAAAAGUCCAAGCUAUAAAGUGGAUUGCAUUUUACAGCGUGGACAUCGAAAUUUUUUUUAAAGGGCCUGCUGUCCUACUGCACCUCCUGGAUUUUCACUGAACUCCGAAACUCCAUCAUAAAAGAGUUUCAUUCACUUCAAAAUCACUUGGACACAGUAAUGCUACAGAGGCAAAUUAACACUAUGGCAUACAUGCCUUGGGCAGGCAUUGACAUCGGACCAAUGUCGAUUACCCUUGAUCAUUGUGAAGCUUGGUAAAAAACCACUAUAAAUCGGUUAUACGUUUUGUGCAAAACAGCAACAUGUUUUUGAAGGACUGCAUGGCAUAAAAGGCUUAAAGCUUGUAUAGUUUGUCUUUGUACAUUGACUGCAACCCUCUUUCCUUUGCUAUAUUGUGCUUUAUUGACAUGUUUAAUUAAUAACAAUACUAAGCCACCUGUCGGAUUUCAGUUGAGUCACUUAGAUGUUGAGUUCUGUUUUAUGAACGCAGUUACUUUAAACCUUGUUUGUAUUAUCUGCACUAUUUUCAAUACAUCUAUGUGCUAUACCAUCCCUUCCACAUUUUUCAUGGCACUGUUUUAUUUCAUCCAUGAAUAAAGAACUUCAUUUGAAACCA